AUGGCCAAGACCAACAAACGACGAACUGAGCUCGAGCGAUACUGCCAGGCAUUCUAUGCUCACAACAAGGCUGCUGAGUGGGCAGCACGUCGUCUGGAAAAUGAUACCCUGCAAGAGAAUUGUGACGAGCACCAGCACAGACAUGCUAGCUUUGAGCAGAGCUUGAACAGUUGCCUUUCAGUGUCCACUGCAUAUUACACAGUGUCCGAUCCAUCCAAACAACCCCAGGAAGGAGACACAGUAGACAACACUUUGAUUGAGGAGUUUGAUUUUUCAGAUAUCCAAGCUGACCACUAUUUCAAUGACAAUUCUGAGGAACCGAUCACACGGAAACGGACAGCAGGGUUCAUUCGCCUUGAGGGCCGCGGAAGACACACUCAAGAUAGCUGCUUCUGUGGCAGUGAUGAACCAUCCCUGUAUAGAUGCAAGGACUGUCACGGUGUUGAACUAGUGUGCCACCAGUGUGUCCUAUACAUCCAUCAGUGGCAACGGUGUCACUGUAUCAAACAUUGGAAUAGAAGUUUUUUUCAAAAGACAUCACUUAAAUCCCUUGGGCUAUGCAUUCAGCUUGGACACCACAUUGUGAAUGAUUUUGUCAUCAUUGACGUCAAUGGUGUUCAUGCCAUUGGGCUUGAUUUCUGUGGUUGCCAAACUGCUCAAGUCCAUGUCACUCAACUUCUCCAAGUCCAUUUAUUCCCUGCAACAACAGUCAAACCUAAGACCGCCGCAACAUUCCGCGCACUUGAACACUUUCAGAUCCUGUCCUUCGAAUCAAAAGUGUCUGCCUUCGAGUUUUAUCAGAUGGUGGACCAUUAUGAAGCUUUCCUCCGCAUGAUACGAGAAUGGCGCUUUUUGAAGCAAGUCAAACAGUCCGGCCAGGGCCAUCAUCCUGGAUCCAUUGCUGCUAUGGAGCCUGGUUCCUGUGCGGUUACAUGUCCUGCUUGCCCCCAUCCCGGAAAAAACUUACCAGAUGGAUGGGAAAAUGCUCCACCUGAGUCAAGGUUCUUGUAUGCGCUCUUCCUUGUGAUUGAUGCAAAUUUUCGACUUGCUCGGCGGAAUGUCUCCUCAGACGCUGUUGAUCCUGGACUCAACCACGGCUAUUCAUUUUUUGUCAAGGAGACGAAAAGUACAUGUUCAAGUCACAAUGCAAUCAAUCUGGCUGAUACCAAGGCGUCACGUGGUCUCGCAGCGACCGGCGCUGGCACAAUAGAUUGUGCACAACACAAUUUCAAGCGCCCAAACUCGGUUGCAUUCAGAUUGUCCGUAUUGUAUUUGCUUUUAACAUAUUCACAGACAGCAUCAAUGCUCCAGGUGAUCAACAUAUCCUACGACAUUGCAUGCCAAUGGAGCAAGAACCUCUGGACUCACAUGUCCGCAUUCCCUCAGCAGUAUCACCUGGAUCACGACACGAAAACCAUAACAUUUCUAGGGGUCGGAAGAACCGACGGUGAAGCCCUGGAACGCGGAUGGGCCAACAUUAAUCCCAUUGCAACUAGCACUCGUGAGAUGGGUCCUGGUUCAAGGCGCGACACCCUCAAUGACCAUUUCAAUGGCUGGAACUGGAAGAAAGUGUGCUUGAUGGGUAAAAUUCUUGCCCGUAAGCUCAAGGCUGCCUUACUGGAGGUUCUCGAGCGCAGGUGUGACUUAAACAACUUUGAGGCUGCACUCAAUUCCAGCCAGUUAGCUUGCUGGAAGGAGGACAUUGUGGCUUGGGAAGCUGACCAUUCCAAACCAAAUCCCUUCGAACUAAAGGUCACCGCCGUGAGCCAAGCAUCGGUUCGAUUAGCAUCGUCAAAGGCUGAGGCAGACGAUAUAGAACAUGGCACGAGCAUGUCUCUCCAUGAUGAUAUAUCACCUUCGAUGCUCAUUUUGUCUGGGCUAGAUCUCGAAGACCAGCAGCGAUGUCUUGCGUUUGAGGCCAGGAAGAUCGGACAACAUCCCACCAAUGCUCAACAAGUAACGCUGUUGCAACACAUCAACUCCCUUCGUCGAUGCAUUGACACGUGGUCGCAUGUACAACUAUUGUACAUGCUGUGUGUGUCACGACUUCGUUCAUCUGACGACAUUGCUACCAAACAGAAGGUUCACAAAAUCAUUCUAUUCCUCCCAUCUGCGAUACCCUCUAAUUUACCCUGUGAGGAGCGCUUGUUGAAUCACGAAUGGGAUUUGCACGAGGCACAGGCCAACAAUGCGCUGAACAACAUUUGCUGUGUCCUCAACAUGAAAUAUCACCUGUAUAAGUACAAAGACACUUUUAUUCGCGGUCAACGUGCCAACACUCGCACAACUGGAGUAAUCAACAAUGCGGACAAUCUGAUUGAUGCCCUCGCUGCCAAAUACAACGCAGUGCACAAUGCACUUGUCAAGCUAGCGCCAAGGUUGCACAAGGAUGACAACUGGCUACUCACUUUCAAGCCGCUCAAUUGUGCAAAAGAUGCUGUCCUGCUGAGACAAGACAAUGGGGCAACAGUCAGCCAGCAAACAGUGUCCUGGAUCUGGAAGACACAUGGAGUGUCCGAUAACACAGAGUAUGGCUUACAGGACUCACAUCGAUGGGAAGAAGCGGUGCAGCCAGUGUGUGAAGAAAUGAGGUGUGUGCUUGCUUUCUUUGAGUGGCAGGCUGUUUGGUGGGACAUGCAGGGUUCACGUCGCACUUUUGGGUCACCAGAGAUAGCAGAAGGUGCAGUUGCAUAUGCGCAUUGGCAGGCUUCACUGCAACGGAGCCUGGCUUUUCAUUUUAGGUCUAUAUGGGGGGCUAUUCCAUCGUCUUAA